CUCUUCUUCAAAUCAGAGGCUUGAAAUUGCUGAGAUGGCAGCUUCAUCAUCACUAUUUUCAACUUCAUUCCAAGGGUUCAUGUCGUUUCAAAAUACAAAUUUGUGCUACAAAGAGUUCAAUUGCAAAUAUUCAAACUUUAUCCGUAAACAAUCCGGUCACUCCAACUCAAAGUACCUCACACAUUCACGGUUGUUUCCCAAUGAGAGAUCAUCAGAAUUUGGACAAAAUGAGAAAUUCUCACAAAAGAAUGGGUUUUUAUGCCGGGCAUUGAAGAUUGAAAAUUUACCUUCCUUUUCAGUGGGGAAGAAAUUUCAACUUACUGAUGUGAUUGAAGCUCAACAAUUUGAUAGAGAUCUUCUCAGUGCUAUAUUUAAGGUUGCACGAGAUAUGGAGAAGAUUGAAAAGAAUUCACCAGGAAGCCAAAUUCUUAAGGGUUAUCUUAUGGCUACUCUCUUCUAUGAACCCUCCACAAGAACUAGGCUUUCCUUUGAAUCUGCAAUGAGACGGUUAGGCGGGGAAGUCUUAACAACUGAAAAUGCAAGGGAGUUCUCGUCAGCAGCUAAAGGAGAAACACUUGAAGAUACUAUAAGAACUGUUGAGGGUUACUCUGAUAUUAUUGUGAUGCGGCACUUUGAGAGUGGUGGCAUUCCUGUAAUCAAUGCAGGAGAUGGUCCUGGACAACAUCCAACUCAGGCUCUUUUAGAUGUCUAUACCAUUGAAAGAGAGAUAGGAAAAUUGGAUGGCAUUAGAGUUGCACUUGUUGGAGAUCUUGCUAAUGGAAGGACAGUGCGCUCACUUGCAUACUUGCUCGCCAGGUAUAAGGAUGUGAAGAUUUACUUUGUCUCUCCUGAUGUGGUGAAAAUGAAGGAUGAUAUAAAAGAUUAUUUGACGUCAAGGAAAAUUGAAUGGGAAGAAAGUGCUGACUUAAUGGAAGUUGCUUCGAAGUGUGAUGUUGUCUAUCAAACUCGCAUUCAACGUGAACGAUUUGGAGAGAGAAUUGACCUCUAUGAAGAAGCUCGAGGCAAGUACAUUGUGGAUAGUCAUGUGUUAGAGGUGAUGCAGAAGCAUGCUGUGGUCAUGCAUCCUCUGCCUAGACUUGACGAGAUUACAGUUGAAGUUGAUGGGGACCCGAGAGCUGCCUAUUUCAGACAAGCAAAGAAUGGCCUCUAUAUUAGGAUGGCUCUCUUGAAACUCCUGCUUGUAGGAUGGUGAGGGAUGCCAUUAGCUUUUUAGUCUUCAAGUUUUGAUUCAACUGAAUAGGAAAAAUAUCUUCAAGUUUUGCCCCUUACUUUUCUUCCUUGGUUAUUUUGAACAAGAGUUCGAAGACAAGCGGCUUACCAACGAAGUUUGGUUUCUUUUGAUUAACUUUUCGAAAGUUCAUUUUAAGCUUCCGUUAGGUCAUGAUUGUAAACACAAAAAUUUAAACAGAUUCCAUCAAAGGCAAUGGAAUUAUUGAGUACCAGAAUGUAAAGCAUGCAUGUUUGUAGAGAA